AUGGUGGAGGCUAUGAAUAAGUCUCCGCCCAAACUCAAGCUCGAGACAGAAACGGAUAUUCUCUUUGAAGAACUUCUUAUGUCUGGAACUGACCAGGAAGAAGUCAAAAUACUGACUCAUGGCGACUUGGACCAGUCUAACAUCAUGAUUCAGGACGGGAGAACCACAGGGAUCAUUGACUGGGGCGCUGCGGGCUAUAGUGUGCCGGAGAGGGAGUACUACGCCUUGCGAUGGCCAGCCCUAGAUUCAGAGUGGUGCGAACUCUCUACAUCCAUUCUAGCGCCAGAUGGAUAUGAAUAUUAG